GAUAAGCAAGAAAAUGUAAAAUUUGAAGGCGAGAAUCAAAGAAAAGACGGAUACCAAAGCGACUGGAAACAAAAAAAUCACAUUAAAAAGUCACGAAACAGAUUUUUUUAACAUUAUGGGUGGAAUAGAAAAUCCCAGCGUGUCCAAAAGAUGUUAUGGCGUUUCAUUUGGGUCGACAACUUCACUUGCUGGUCCGUCAAUUUCUGAAGAUUCUACAUUAUAUGAUGUCGAAAACAUGGAUGAAACGGAUCCAAUUCCAAGUACUGAGGAACAUUUGAACGAUACUCUGUCGACGAAGAUCAGAACUAACGUUACACAGCGAGCUAUAUUGGAGCAACAACUGAAACUGAUAAAGGCACAGCAAGAUUAUACAGCUCAACUAAAAGUCCAACAGGAUGAGAGACAUAAAAAAGAAAUGGAGCUGCUGGCACUGGAAAAAGAAGUAGCUCUACUUCAAUUUAAGAUGUUGAGAAACAAUAAUUAUGUGGAAUUGAGUAAUGAAUAA